CCACUCACUUUUCAUGUAACGCAACUCGUAAAAAAAAUAUUGUGAUAUGGAGAUUGCAGAAGAGAAAAUUUUAUACUCAAUAUCGAUCAUAAACUUCAGUCUAUUGUCUAUAUAUAAUUAGUAUGGUGUUACAACAGCUAACACAAAUAUACGCAUAUGAAACUAACCCCACAACAAUAAAGUCAUGUUGAUAAUUAUAUAUUUUCUAGCAAUUUUAUCCCUAGUAGUACUUUUCCUUCUUCCAAAUCGCAAAAAAAAUGAGCCAUUUCAUCCUCCCCCGGGGCCUAAAGGGAUCCCCUUCAUCGGAAACUUACUCCAAUUCGACACCUCGAAACCACACGUCUACUUUGCCGAGCUAGCCAAGACCUACGGCCCGAUCUUGAGCUUACGAUUUGGACGUGUACCUGUUGUUGUGGUGCAAUCAGCCAAGUUAGCAAGGGAGGUCUUACACACACAAGACCUUAACUUUUGUAGUAGACCGUCUAUGGUUGGAAUUCAAAAGCUAAGUUAUAAUGGAUUAGACAUUGCUUUUGCCCCUUAUAGUGAGUAUCAAAUAAAAAUUAAAAAGAUUAGUAUAGUUCAUCUUCUUAGCUCUAAAAGAGUUGAAUCUUUUGCUCCAAUUCGUCAAGAAGAAGUAUCGAGGAUGAUCGAAAAAAUUUCAUCCCUCUCCGAAGCUUCAGAAAUCGUAAAUUUGACAGAUUUGUUAGCGAACUUCGCAAGGUUGAACGUAUGCAGGACUGCAUUUGGCAAGAGGUACGAGGAUGAUAAAAGGUCAAGUAGCAGAUUUCACAAGCUAAUAAGAGAAGCAGAAGCCAUGUUUACCACCUUCUUCUUUAGUGAUUAUUUUCCUUCUAUUAUUGGGUGGCUUGAUAAGCUAACCGGAAAGUUCUCUAGACUUGAGAAGACAUUUAAGGAUUUAGAUGCAUUCUUUGAAGAAAUCAUUAAUGAUCAUCUUGACCCAAACAAGCCUAAAACCGAGCGAGAAGAUAUCGUUGAUGUUCUACUCCAACUCAUGAAUGAACGCUCAUUUGAGCUCACGUUAGACCACAUCAAAGCAGUGUUAAUGGUCAUAUUAAUAGCAGGAACGGAUACAAGUGCAGCCAUGGUAAUUUGGGCAAUGACAGAGCUAAUGAAGAGCCCUAUUUCUAUGAAAAAAGUACAAGAAGAGCUCCGUAAUGUCAUGCAACACAAAGGAUGCAUCAACAAUAAUGACCUCAUACGACUUGAAUACUUCAAGGCAGUGGUGAAAGAAACAUUUAGGCUACAACCAGCAACACCAUUGCUAAUUGUACAUGAAACAAUCCGAAAAAGCACCAUUGAAGGAUAUGAUAUAUUACCUAAAACUUUAGUAUAUGUGAAUGCAUGGGCUAUUGGAAGAGAUCCCGAAAUUUGGUCAAACCCGGAAAAAUUCAUGCCAGAAAGGUUUUUGGGUAGUUCAAUAGAGUUCAAAGGAUGUGACUUUGAACUAAUCCCAUUUGGUGCAGGAAGAAGAAUAUGCCCUGGAAUUCAUCUUGGUAUAGCUAACAUGGAAUUAGCACUUGCAAAUUUGUUGUGCUAUUUUGAUUGGGAAUUGCCUAGUGGUUUUAAGAAGGAAGACAUCGACAAUGAUACAUUCCCAGGCAUCACCAUGCAUAAGAAAAAUCCAUUAUGCCUUUUGGCAAAAUUUUUUUUAUAAAAUUUAAAUACAAGUUAUCAUGAAAAUUAAAUUCUACUAAAUAUAUAAGAAAUAAUGUAAUCAUGUGGGAUUUUGUUA